UGCUGCAUGUUGCUAUGUCAACACUUGGCAAACAACUAGCAACAGAGCAACAACAUAUCGCCAUGGAGCUGGAAAAGCAAUCGAAACCAACCGUCUCGUAUCACUUGUUCCUAUAUCGUGAGGAGUUGGCCAGACGCCAGCGACGGCUGCUGCGGCUAUCCCGCACCAAGAUCGAGAUCACGGACGAGCUCAUCUCCAAGACGGUGCGCAACAUCAAGAGCUGCAGCAUGGAUGAUCUUAAGGCGGUCAAUCGGGAGCUGCUCUUCAAGCGGAAACUGAGACACAAUGUCUCCAAGCUGCGCAAACUGGCCAAGCAGCAAUAGUGCGGGCGGAAGAGAGAUAAUGAGAGACAGAUAGAUGUAGAUAGAGCGUAGUCUAAAGAAAUGUAUUGUAUAUAAACAAAUUUUGUAAAUAAAUCAACUUCGAUAAGAUUCUGCAUUUAAAACGA